GCCAGUCACUUGUUUUCUCUCUUGUCCUCCUCAGUCAUGGCUACUCAGACCGGAUUGCAUAGCAUCCCCCCAGAGAUCCUCGAAGAAAUCGCCUUGACGACCGCGGUCUGCGACGGUCGACGUCCCCCGGUCACUCUGGCCGCUCUCAGCGCAAUCGACCGAAGGACGGCUACUUCACUCUCCCUCUCCUCCAAUACAAGUCUCUCUGCGUUGCUAUUUCAUCAUUACUUUGACUCGAGCGCGUUGAAGCGCAGACUUGGGGAGCGUGUUACGAAUGCCUUCCUCGCGGACGAGUUGCGUCGGCGGUUCCUCUGCAUGAAGCGCAUACGCAGUCGGCACGAUGCGCAAAUACAGACCGCAAACAGAGAGUCGAUACUCAGACUUCUGUCCUUCGCGUACACGCUGCUGACGGAGAAUGAGGGGAAGAACAUGACCUUCCUCCUGGAAUACGCGCGUCUGGAUCAGUGGAUCGACGCGUACUGGUUCAGCGACCAGGGAGCUUCCAGGGUGAUGGACGACCUCAAGCAGGACCGAUGGCCGGAGGAGGGAAUCAAUAACACGUUCGCGAUGUGGGUUCUGUGGCUACUCAUGGGAUCGGAAGCGGCGCGCUUUACGGAUGAAGUGCAUACUGUGGACGUGAUGAAGCUAUACGCCCUCGGAGCGCAUAGAUACCCGUCGACUUUGCUCCGCUGGGGAUUAUUCGACGCGACGGAAGACUACACCCGCGCCACCGCGACGUAUUACGAAGGCAUCAAGCUCGCCCCUCCCCCUGCAUCUACCCCCGGCAUUCUCGCCUUCCUCACUAUCGUCAAUCGCCUCGUCAACCGUCCGGGAUACACAUUGUCCGACAACGGGAUCGGUCCUAGUCUCCCAACGUUCGACGGCGGGGAAUGGGACGCGGACUGGUCAAGAUCAAUCGACAGACCCAUAUCCACCCACGCGUCUAUCUGCGAUGUCUAUCAACCCAAAAGCAUAGAGGGCGUCUGGCAGGGCCUCUUCACGUACACAGAAUUCACCUCGUACGCGCGUCUCCUCGCCGGCGCGCCGCCCAACACCCUCCAGCGCAGCAUUGUCGUCCGGCACCGGCAGACGUGGAAACUCCGCGAAUAUCAUCUCCAGCUGCCGCCGGAUGACCCGGCGAGCUUUGGCGCGCGCGUCCCGCUGGGCUCGCCCCUCCGCUCGCACGUCCCGCGCGACGUACGGAUGGAGGAAGACGAGGAUGGGCUGACAGUCACGGAUGCACAUGAGCGUGUUUACAGGUACGCGCGGCCGAAGGCGGGUGACGAUAGUUCGACGCGGACUGAGGACGGCGCCUCGCGGGGACCUAUAUGCGACAUCAUCAUCGUCGGGGAGGGCCACUCGUCGUGGGGGCAAUUCAGUUUGUUUGGCCGCAUUCGGCCAUGGGAUGGGUUCAUCAGCAUCUCGAAGGAAUAUGUCGACGGCGACCGCGGAACGUGGCUCUAUCGCGGCUACCUCGUCGGCGGUGCGAGGGGAAAUCUUGUCGGUCGCUGGCGCGAUACGCUAAGUCCUGAUAACAUCACUGGAUAUGAGGGGUGUUUCACGAUGGGGAGGCGUCAGUGAAGAAAGGCCUGUAAUGGCCUAUAGUACAGUAGGGUAUAUGUACAUGUUCAAUGCACAAUGAAGAUACACGGGGAACGCUGCGGCGGCUAGUG